UAAAUGUAUAAUUGAUUCAUAUAAUUUUUUGUGCCAAAGGGCUAUUUUACAAUCUAAAUUUAUCGUAAAAAAUGAAAAAUAACGUUUAAAAUUCCGUUUUUAUUGAAAAUCAUUUAAAAGAAAAUGUAAACAAUAGAACUGAGUCACGCAAUACGUCAUGAAUAUAACCUGAAAAAAUUGCUUGACACAAUCAUAGUAGGCUUUUUCUUUUCAUUCAAACGUCAAUUUUUAUUUAAAAACAACAAAGGACACAUCAAAAUAUACAUUUUUAACUCGAAAUUAUCGAAACAUGUCAAAUUGUGAAGAUAAUUUGUCAUUAUAUUAUUCUGCAGUGGAAUGUUACGAAGAAGUAGAAGAUCUGUUUUAUAAGGAAAAAGUUGAUUAUUCAAAAGUGAAAAACGGUUUGAAAAACUGUCGUCUCAAAAUCGAGCAAAUUCUUUUAUGCGAGAAUAAUAACUGCACUUUUCUGGUAGAUUUACUUCAAUUAAAAAACCAUGUAUCUGAUUUGAUAACACUUUUAGAUAAUGAUAAAAAUAUUUCAAUUAAUAAGUUUAAUAAUAAUAAUAUUAAUAAUAAGCCCUACAACAAAACAAAUAAAGAAAAUCAGGAUUCACAAAAAUUAAUAGAAUCUACUAUCGAAGCACCUAGAAUAAAGGGCUUAGAUGAAGUUGCUGGAUUAUGGGAAAUCAAAAAAAUAUUGAAAAGCCUCAUAAUUCUUCCUAAAAAUCAACCUCAGUUGUUCUCUUAUAAAAAAACUGUUAAUAGUAUCUUGUUAUUUGGCCCCCCUGGUACUGGAAAAACUCAACUAGUACACGCUUUGUCUUAUGAAGCAGGAGCACUGCUGUUUUCAGUAACUGUGUCUAAUAUUCUAUCACCUUUCGUUGGACAAUCAGAAAAAAAUAUAAAAUUUCUGUUCAAUUAUAUAAGAAACAAAGAUAGUUUUUGUUUAUUAUUUAUUGACGAAGUGGACGGAUUCUGUCGAAAAAGAUCAGAUUCCGAACAAGAAUUUUCCAGAAGAAUAAAAACAGAAUUACUAUGCCAAUUAAAUAAAAUGGAAUCGUAUCCUAAUUUCUUUUUAAUAGCAGCUACCAAUUGCCCUUGGGACUUGGAUCCUGCCUUCCUCAGAAGGUUUCAAAAACGUUUAUACAUCCCGUUACCAAAUUACACCGAAAGAAGAAGUCUGUUCAAACUGUUUACAAAUAAUACUCAAUUAGAGGAAUUCUUCAAUAGUUGGGAACAUUUGAUUGCCAAAACAGAAGGGUUCUCCGGAUCAGACAUAUGUGAUCUGAUACAACAGGUAUUCGGCUAUAAUGUAUCCCAUAAUGGAACUGGAUGAUAUAAAAAUAUGGAAAAGUUGCCCGGAUGGAUUUUAUGAACCUCUAACUUGUAACGAUAAGUUUGAUAUAGACGAGAUAGUUACCUGUGAACUCAAAGAUUUACCUCGGUGUUCAGUAAGAGCUAGAAAGGUCCAAUACAUUGAUUUAAUAAAUGCGUUGGAUUCUAUUAAAGUUACUGUUACCAAAGAAGAUAUCGAGAAAUUUGAUAAGUUUAAUAAUAAAAUUUAAUUUCAAUAUCUUGUAAUUAUUAAUUUGUUCAUUGGUUCAAGUUUAAAGUGUAGUAUAAUUAAUAUAUUUUUGUUUAGAUAUUUUUCAUUCGUUUUAUGCUACUUUUGGGUGAAAUUGAGCUAAAAUUUAUACGAAAGUUAGUAAAUCGAUGCUCAAAAUUACAAUAUUUAAUCCUUAGAGCCUUCCAUAAGGUUUUUGACUAAUAUACAACUCGAAGACUUGACAGAAUUUAAGGAGCAGUGAAAUUCAUACACAAAUUACUAAAUCAGUGCUCAAAAUUACAAUAUUUAGUC